GAGGGCCCUCUGCAGCGUGGCCUGCUCCAGCCCGGCACACCACGACCCGGCUACCGGACGCUCCGGUCUCGCUGCUCCUGACUCCAGCCCACGUUUCAAUUUUGCGGGUACAGAGCAGGUGGGGCGGGGCGGGCUGGAGCCUUACGGUGGCUGAGGGGACGGCUCCUACCCGGAACUAGAGAACCGAAGCUGUGCUUCCGGAAGUCGGGGAGCAGGGGAUGCGCGUGCGGCCGGAAGUUGCGCGUCGCAUUCCAGCGCGGGCCUGGCAAUCCGGCGUGAGGCCGCAGCGAACUGCCCUUGCUCAAGAUGGCGUCGAAGAUCGGUUCCAGGCGCUGGCUACUGCAGCUGCUCAUGCAGUUGGGCUCGGUGCUGCUCACGCGCUGCCCGUUCUGGGGCUGCUUCAGCCAGCUCAUGCUGUAUGCCGAGAGGGCCGAAGCACGCCGGAAGCCCGACAUCCCUGUGCCCUACCUGUACUUCGACAUGGGCGCCGCUGUGCUGUGCGCCAGCUUCAUGUCCUUCGGCGUCAAGCGGCGCUGGUUUGCGCUGGGCGCCGCGCUGCAGCUGGCCGUGAGCACCUACAUCGCCUACGUGGGCGGCCACGUCCACUAUGGGGACUGGCUGAAGGUCCGCAUGUACUCGCGCACGGUGGCCAUCAUUGGCGGCUUCUUAGUGCUGGCUAGCGGAGCCGGAGAAAUGUACCGCCGGAAGCCCCGCAGCCGUUCUCUGCAGUCCACUGGCCAGGUGUUCCUGGGCAUCUACCUCAUCUGUGUGGCGUACUCACUGCAGCAUAGCAAGGAGGACCGGCUGGCGUAUCUGAACCAUCUCCCGGGAGGCGAGUUCAUGGUCCAGCUCUUCUUCCUGCUCUAUGGUGUCCUGGCCCUGGCCUUCCUGUCCGGCUACUACGUGACACUGGCUGCCCAAAUCCUGGCAGUGCUGCUGCCCCCAGUCAUGCUGCUCAUCGAUGGCAAUGUGGCCUACUGGCACCACACACGGCGGGUGGAAUUCUGGAACCAGAUGAAGCUCCUUGGCGAGAACGUGGGCAUCUUUGGGGCCGCAGUCAUCCUGGCCACUGAUGGCUGAGUCUUGCAGUGCAGGCAGCCUGCCUUCUGCCUCCCUGGUCUCGCUGCUGUGGAUUAUGCUUUUUCUUCAUCGA